AAAAAAUUUUUCAAAUCGGCUCAUUAACAGCUGAGAUAGAAAUAUUGAAGUGCCACGAACCCGUAAUUUCAGGAGGCAAGAUCCACUGCAUAGUGAGACACUCUCUCCACUCACCUCGUCUAGCCUCCGAAAGCGAAAUUCCUUCCCUGCGUUCUCCCAUACUGGACCUUGAGGAUUGCAUGACGCAUACGUCACGGGCCUCACCUUCAUUUUUUUUUCUCCUCGCUUUAUUUUUUUCUCGGCACUGCGCACAGGUUGUUGUGAUUGUCUGGUUUCGUGCAGCGCAAAAUUUUGCACGCUGUGCACAAGGACACAUGACUAGCGGUGUAAUUCAGUGCUACACGAAUACUGAGGCAGAACAAGCGGAUCGCAUAGCAUGAUAACGCGCUGGAACGUGGUAUGAAAUGGCAUGGUUUUGAUACCUGUGCACGUGACUGCACGACAGUGGGAACAAGCAGACAAAGUGGAAAUGCAUCUCUCUUGUUUCAGCGCAAAGUAAAACAAAAAAAUAACAUGUAGACAUUCCAUUUGUAUGUUGUAUUAUUUCUGUAAACUUCAAUUUGUCAAUUCAAGUAACAGAUCACACAAAUAGCAGAUGUUGCCUUGAAUGAUUCUCAAAGUCAUGUGUCACCACGGGUGAUGUCACACUGCGGACCCGAGUACGUAGGUGCAGGUACACGAGUACGUCACUGUCUGGCUUGGAGCGCGGUUGCCACGAGGGAAAAGGAAAACGGCAUUCAGAUUGAAAUUUCAGACCUUUCCACGGCACGUAGCAAUGUAAUUCUUUGCAAAAACGAUCGUUAGUGCACAUUGUAUGCUGUGCGCUUGUCAGCUCAAAAUGGCCAGACCUGGUGAGGGGCCCUUUAAGACUUCCACAGUCAUACAUAUAAAACAGGUAACAGGGUAACUCAAAUGUAGUUAUUUGCUAAACGCCCUGUGACAGUGGCCUAACUAGUGGCUUCACUGCUUAGAAAUUUCAUCAAAGAAAGCUUUCUGUGCUCCUGUCAUUUUGCCAAGUGGCACAGUAUAGGCCUUAUACUUCUUAUUUUCAGUUUUUGUUGCUAAAGGGUAAAGACAAGGUUAUCCAGAAUGAAUUGCAUUAAGUGGAAUUCUGCAUAGAUGCAGGCAUCAAAUACAGCAGACACUGUUUAGUGCUUACCUAAAGUGACUUUGAGCUAACCAAAAAUGCCUGCCCCGUACAGAAAAAAAGGAAAGAAGGAAAGAAAGAAAAAAAAACUGUUCAUCUUAGAGCCUACCAAUUGUGUGAAAGGUGCUGGUGUUGUCUAACUGAUGGCGAUGAUUACUUUGUAUAGAUCAUAAUGCCCUUUACCUAAGCCAUACUUCAUUGUUAAUGCUCACAUGCAGGUAUGCUGACAGAGCGAAGCAGAUAGUCUGCAAAGCUGUCGUCAAUGAGGAUGCCAAUGCUCGACUCAUCAGGGAGCUCAAGGAUGAGAUUUCUCGUCUCAAAAACCUGCUGCUGGCUGAAGGGAUCGACGUUGAUGCUGACGACAACAUGAAUGUGGAGACUGGCAAGCGGAAACCACACCUGUCCGUCUCUGCGGCCUCGGAGAAUGCAAUAGAGCAGCUCCAGGAGUCUGAGAAGCUUAUUGCUGAGCUCAAUGAGACCUGGGAAGAAAAGCUGAAGAAGACAGAGGCCAUACGGCUACAGAGGGAAGCAGUUCUAGCUGAAAUGGGCGUAGCCCUCCGUGAAGAUGGUGACACUGUAGGUGUGUUUUCCCCUAAAAAGACUCCCCAUUUAGUGAAUCUUAAUGAAGAUCCGCUCAUGUCUGAAUGCCUCUUGUAUUACAUAAAAGAUGGGAUAACAAGAGUGGGAAGGCCGGAUGCAAAUGUAGCUCAGGACAUCAAACUUAGCGGCUCUCAGAUUCUGAACGAGCACUGCUGGUUUGAGAAUAACGAAGGCACCGUCACCCUGUACCCAUGCCAAGGGGCACUCGUCUAUGUCAAUGGGCGGGAGAUUGUCGACGCCGUUCAGCUGAAGACUGGCUCUCGAGUAAUCUUGGGGAAGUCUCACGUGUUUCGGUUUCAGCAUCCUGAGCAAGCACGGGAAAGUAGAGAGCGGAAGUCACCAGUUGAGGUGCCUGAAAAAGCCCAACCAGAUGAAGGUGACCGCCUUGAAUUGUUGACCUCAGGCAAGAAGAUGGAUGACUCUGUUUACUCAAAUGGUGGAGAGCCGAUGGAUUGGUCCUUUGCACAACUUGAGCUGUUGGAAAAACAAGGCAUUGAUUUGAAGCAAGAAAUGGAGAAGAAGCUUGUAGCUUUGGAGGAGCAGUACAAAAAGGAAAAAGAAGAGGCCGACCAGCAGUUUGAACAAGAGAGGAAGACAUAUGAAGCCCACAUUGAGCGUCUGCAGCGACAAGUAGAGGAACAGUCCAUGAUUUCAAGUAUGUACAGUGCCUGCACUGUAGACGAAACAACCACUGCUGAAGACGACGCUGUCUUUGACCAGCCCUGGAGUGAUCGGGAGUACCAGGUCGCCGCUUGGGCCUUUCAGAAAUGGAAAUAUCACCAGUUCACAUCUCUCAGGGACGAUCUCUGGGGCAACGCAAUCUUCCUCAAGGAAGCCAAUGCCAUCAGUGUGGAACUGAAGAAAAAGGUGCAGUUCCAGUUUGUCCUUGUCACAGACACACUGUACUCACCGCUUCCGCCAGAUCUGAUUCCUCACGACGAAGCGGAUGAGUUUUUAGACCAGGAGCGGCCUUUUCCUCGGACACUGGUUGCCGUUGAAGUGCAAGACACGAAAAACGGAGCCACCCACCACUGGACGCUGACCAAACUCAGACGUCGCCUGGAGCUAAUGCGCAAUGUGUACAAUGAGGACACCUGGUCCCCCGGGAGCCCCGAAUCUCGGGAGGACCCACUGCAGUGCUUGAGCACGUCAGCUGCCCUGGGCCUGUCCAGUCUCAUCCCUUCCAAGACAAGGCAGCGUCUGGAGCUGAUGCGUGAGAUGUACCACAAUGAGGCUGAACUGUCUCCAACAUCUCCUGACUACAAUGUGGAAAGCAGCAUUACAGGUGGCGAUCCAUUCUAUGACCGGUUCCCGUGGUUUAGGCUCAUCGGCAGGGCCUUUGUGUACCUCAGCAACUUGUUAUACCCUGUGCCACUUGUGCAAAAGGUGGCCAUUGUUAAUGAGAAAGGUGAUGUAAAGGGCUAUCUACGAGUCGCUGUACAAGCCGUCAUAGAUGAUGAGGAGAGCACGGACUGCAGCACAGGAGUACGCCAGUCAGCAAGAAUCAGCUUUAAUGAUGAACUUUUUGACACUGCAAAGAAAGAUCAUUGUAUAGAAGGUUCGUCACCCUGCCUUGAAAAAGCGCCGUGCUGUGAGGAACGCAUAGUGGAAGGGGAAGAGCAACAACAACAGAGUCCACUGCAGCAAGAAGAGCGCAGCCGGCUUGAGGCCUACAAGCAGGAUGGCGAGAACAACAACAUCCUUCCCCUGAGCCAGGAGGAAGAGAAGCUGCCUGAGCACUUGCAGAUUGGCAAGGAGUUCACCUUCAGGGUCACCGUGCUGCAGGCCAUUGGUAUCUCGAAGGAGUAUGCCGACAUCUUCUCCCAGUUCAACUUUCUGCACCGUCAUGAUGAGGCAUUUUCAACGGAGCCUCUCAAGAACACAGUGAAGGGACCUCCACCUGGGUUCUUCCAUGUUCAGAACAUCACGGUGACGGUGACCCAGUCAUUUGUGAACUACCUGCGGACUCGGCCUAUUGUCUUCGAGGUGUUCGGACACUAUCAGCAGCACCCCUUGCACAGAGAUUCCAGAGAUGCCUGCCAACAACACAGCAGCGUACGUCAGCCGCCCCGACGGAUGUUCCCAAGGACACUGCCUAUUUCACAGCCUGUUCGGUCACCAAAGUUCGAUAUACUGCAAUGCCCAAGCACAACGCACAUAUAUGCGAAACACGACGUCCUUGUCUGGUUCGAAAUUUGCGAACUGACACCUAAUGGCGAGUACACCCCAGCCGUGGUCAAUCACAGCGAUGAUGCUCCUUGUAGAGGGACGUUCUCUCUCCACCAGGGGAUUCAGAGGCGCAUACGCCUAACGCUGGUCCACGAGCAAACACCCAACGUCUGCUGGAAGGAUGUCCGAGAGGUUGUUGUUGGUCGUGUCAGAAGCACACCAGAGUGCGAGGAAGAGGACAACGACACCUCAGUGCUGUCGCUGGGCAUCUUCCCUGGAAGCUACUUGGAGAUGGCUGGUGAUGACAGGACAUUCUACCACUUUGAGGCAGCGUGGGAUUCCUCCUUGCAUAGCUCUCCUCUGCUGAACAGAGUCACUCCUUAUGGAGAGAGAGUUUACUUGACCAUCUCUGCUUACUUGGAGCUGGAGAACUCUGCACAGCCUGCAAUUGUAACAAAGGACCUGUGUCUUAUCAUCUAUGGACGAGAUGCGAGACUGGCACCAAGGUUGUCUCCGAACGCAAAAUCCCUGCGCCACCUGUUCACUGGUGCCUACAAGAAUGCUGAUGCCAAUCAUGUGACCGGCAUCUACGAGAUGAUCCUCAAGAGAGCGGCAGAUUCAGGUAGCCCGGGGGUGCAGCGUCGGCAGCGCCGGGUGCUGGACACGUCAUCAACGUACGUGCGAGGAGAAGAGAACCUGCAUGGCUGGCAGCCACGAGGGGACUCGCUCAUAUUCGACCACCAGUGGGAACUGGAAAAGCUGACGCGCCUUGAAGAGGUGGAGAAGGUGCGGCACCUCCUGCUCCUCCGAGAGAAGCUGGGCCUGGACUUGGGCGGUCCACCCCAGCACCAGGACAUCUGCAAGUGGGAGAAAGAGGCCUGCAACCUGGUGGCCCGCGCUGCGGCUCGGGGUCCCAGCUCCACCCAACAGGCAGCUGCUGCCUCGCAGCUGCCAUCGCCCACCGUGACUUCCUCGGUCGCCGUGACUCCAACCCGUGGCACAGCAGUGGACGAGAGUGUGUAUGCCCCCUGGGAGAUGACGCCUCACGAGCGGGAGCUGGCCACUCGCACUGUCGGCCUCAUCUUGAGCCACAUUCCCAGCAAACCACCACCUACUGGACCAGGGGCUGCCAAGCAGUCGAACACAGCGAUGACACCUGUUGAAGAGGGAGAUGCAUCAUCACUCAGUUCCAGCAUGACAUCAAGCUCUUCACAAGACCUGCUGUCACCAGAGAAGCCCUGUACGUCGGUGCCCGAGGCAAUGGAAGCACGAGGACUGCCGAGCAGCUUGGCACCCCCCGCAGGUCUGAAGCCCGCCUCGCACCCCCCAACCUUUGCUGGAGGAAACCCUUGCUUUGUGGCUGAGGUGGAAGAAGUGCGUCCCAGCCCCAUUGUGUCGCGCAAGGGCUACCUCAACCUCCUGGAUGAUCGCACCGGAAACUGGGUCAAGCGAUGGCUGGUCAUCCGUCGCCCUUAUGUCUUCAUCUACCGUGAUGAAAAGGAUUACAUAGAGAGGGAGCUGAUCAACCUAGCCACAGCACAAGUGGAAUACAAUGAGGAGCAGCAGGCCAUGUUGAAGGUUCCCAACACAUUUUCUGUGGUGACGAAGAGCCGUGGAUUCUUGCUCCAGACGCUGGGGGAGAAAGAGAUUCACGAGUGGCUGUAUGCCAUUAACCCACUACUAGCAGGGCAGAUCAGAUCAAAAUUGGCACGAAAACAGAAUGUAGACCUUGGCCUGUAAGUGAUUGAAGCAGCACCCGCCCUGUCCUUGCUACUAAAAGAGGUGGUCCUUGGUUUCUCUCGAGAGGAGCUCACAUGACAGCUUGCAAUAAUUGGGGGAGCUGACACGAGUGAACACCUUAGUUGUUUGAAGCAUGUGUGAUGCCGUUUUUGGUUUUACAGUGGUUCUUAGUAAGUACGGCAGACAGCACUACGCAUUUUCUUGUCCAUUCCUGCUUUGUUUUGCUUUGUUUCAUACUUUUAUCUUUAUUUUUAUUUCUUAGGAAUGGUGUUUUAACUUUGAUGACACACAUACCGAAUGGGUAAAAAGGUUGUGCACACUACGAGGGUGCAGACAUGAACGCUAGUGAAAUGUGCGUCGGUGGACUUUCAUAUUUUUCCGCCUCAUUACGAGAUUGAAAAUUAUACAGCUGCGAGUAUGUAGCACCCGGGCACCUCAGUUUGACCUGUGCCCCUCGCAAAAACUAGCUUAUACAUUUCAGCCGCUUAAUGAAUUUAUGCAGUUCGAAACAUUCAUCCUUCAGUGCCCUCUUGAUGCAUUGAGAGAGGACAACAUCAAGCUUUUUAUUGAGCAUCACAGGAAUGUUUAGUCUUUUUGAACACUGAUCCAGUAUUGUUUGGGUCUUGAUUUUGUGUUCCCAAGUGGCGUCAAAAUCUGUGCUUGCUUUUUUUUUUAACCACACAUGUACGAUUCACUGACGUUCAUUGUGGUAGGAGCCGUAGUGUUCUCCUACAUGCAGCAAGUGUGUAAAGAGUUGUUUUUGUUGCAAUUGUUUUAAUGUAAACUCCUUCAUUCCUGUAUACUUUACACAUACACACGCAUACAUAUAUAUAUAUGUAUAUUUAUAGGAACCUCUGUUUCCAUAUCACAUAGGUCUGCUAUUUAUAUGAAUGUAUAAAAUGCCUAAAAUGGAUAUUUUACCCUGUUUGAAAAGGCACAUAGCCCUGUGAAGUUUAUUUACAUGAGUUGUUCGCUUUUUGGAGUGUUUUUAUUGUAGAGAGGAGAUGGCCGUUGAUUAUCAUAAUGGCUGCUCGGCAUAGCUUUAGUGUACGUAGUUAUGAUUGUGGCAAGGACUCUCGGGUUCUACGAGUUUUCUAUACAUAUGAAAUCAACCUACGAAGGAAAAAAAAGAAGACAACAAGAAAGGCACGCUGUGAUGAUUAUUAGCUUCGGAGCUUUCUGUAUAUAAUAAUGACAGCACACUUUUUCCUGUCUCCUUUAUGUGCAACUCUUCUGACGUUCAUUGCCUUGCGCCCGACCGAUUGUAUAUGUAGUUCGCUCGAUCUUGCUUUUGUUUUCUUUCUCUCUUUGUGUGCUUUAAAGGAUUUGAAUGAGUGUGCAGGGCAUUGCAAAACGAGUAUGCAAGAGUGGUUUAUGUGACAGUGUCUCACUUGUGCAGUUGUCGAUGCGAUUCAGCUUGGCUUGCGUUGUUGCUUGGGGGUCAUCUGUCGCUGGAGCAACAUGCCUAGCAAGUACACCUCUCUGGGCUUGCAGAGCACCCGCACAUUUGAAGCACUCUCACACUUGAAGGUGUACGAGAAAGAGAGGUUGAGAAAGAGAGGAUGAGAGAGAGAGAUGUGCUUUCGAAACUGCUUUUGUGCUUUGGAGAGCACCAUUCUUUUCUUUCCCACCAGCCAUGCUGUGCAGCUUAUUUCCUAUUGCUGCUCGCUCUGGCAUGGAUCACUCCUGCAUACUGUUUAGUGUACAUAACCUAUUUUUUUGCGUCCGUAUGUAAGUCUGUUAUGUGUAUAUACAAUGUACUUUCAUUACCCGUGUACUACGACACGCCCUUAGCAUGCGACACUCUGGACCUCGGUGUUUACAGGUUGUUUCUCACGCGCUAUCGCUUAUGCAGUGGUUCCCGAUCAAUGCUAUCACAGUUAUAUACGCACUAUCUUAUCGCUCCUCAUGUGGAGAGCACGGCCUUUUGCCAACUUGGUGUGCUGAUCAUGUUCAGGGUUUUUCUCUCUCCUCGAGGCUUGCAAACUAAAUGAAAUAAGAAAUAUUGAAUGAUGCUGACUGGCAGUUUAGUUUCAGCUGUGCAACUACUUCCAGAUGGGGUUUCGAUGCACAUUGUUUCAAUUUUUUUAUUUUUUAAAAAUUUACUCUUGGGUGAAUGUGUGGAUGUUUUGUGACUUUUCAAAUCAAAGAGCCUUAAUAUUGUCGUAUGUAAUGAAGAAUGGCAUAACAUUACCUAGAGAAGGGUGACAGUUUAACUUGUGCUGUAGCAAGUUACUCUCAGUAGCUGCAGUCAACUGAAUUCAAAAUUAUCACAAACUAUGGGCCAUUUUAUUUCCAUUAUUGCUUCCCAGCAUGACAAAAUUAAAAAGCACAGAGCACUAUUUUUCUCCUUAAUGAUCAUAAAACAGAAAAAGAAAAGAAGAAAAGAGAAAUACAUGCGGGAGAAAAAAGUCCCAAACCAGUAAACUUCCAAGUGUUCCCAAUUAUCGUAAUGAUAAUCUUAAGACCCUAUUGUACGUAGUCGGCAGUGUGCUGUGUUGCGCGACACAUACACACCCAGAGGCAUAAUCUCACGGGGGCUUCUUCCAGGCUAAUGAAACUCUUUACACUGCUUAUCUUGCAUUCAGCACUGGAGAUAGCUAGAGAAGUUUAUGAAUCCAUUACCUUCACUGUGCAAUUUUGAUAAGGCAUUAACUGCAAUGUUAGGUGCAAAACGAAACGGAGAGCGACAGUGCACUGGUAAUAUUGGUGAGAAGGAUUUGAGUGCCUGAUUCUCGAUGGGUAAAAAAACACAAACACAAACUUCAGCAAGCCUGUUGUGCACUUGAGAGCUUGCUGUAUAUCGAGAUACACAUUUGGCAGAGAGGGUGAUAAGAAACUGUGGCAGCACAUGUACUGUAUAUGACAGAAAUGGUGGCUUGCCAAGACAGGAGGUUGCAGUCCAGGCUGAUGAGCUACUUUGUAACAUUAUUGUUUAAUCACGAGUGAGAUGUGCCUGCAAAUUCAUGCCUGCGAUGUUUGCAGGCACGAAUUUAAAUUUCACUCUUAUUACUAGAAUGCUGCUCCAUUAAUAUGAAAGCCUUGUGGCAUCUGCCAUGACAUGUUGUGCACCAUGCCCAUGCUUGACACUUGAUACACACGCUGUGCUGCCACGUUCGCAUAAGUACACACUUUAAGUAAAUGUACUGUGUAGUAUUUACACUAGCAGAGACGAGUACAGCCUUUGUCAAAGGAAACUGGAUCACUACAAGCACGAGUGUUGCCGAGUCCUGGCUUUAUUGCAUUGUGCCUGUGGAACAUACAGCACAAGAAAGAGCCUGCACCCCCAUGUAGCACUUUUAAAUGGUGCGGAUGCAACAGUUCAACUAAAUACUCUCAGAUCACGGUUGCAAUCACGUGCACAGUGCCCUUAUUUCUUUCGACAAAGGCUGCAACUAGCGCUGUGAAUGUGCAACUUGUUAGCAAUUCUUGAGACCAAGUGUACUAAAAUUUUCGACCAGAAAUUGUAGAUUUGAUCCUAGCUAGAAAAUAAUGUGACUGGAAGUGCAGAGAAAUUUAUUCUCUUUUCUCUCACCUGUAUUUUUAAUUAGCAGCCCAAGCAACUGAUGGCAUGGUGUAUGCUACUUUGCCACACUUUAUGAAGGGAACGUCUGCAUUUUCUUUUUUCAAGAGAUAUGAAAGAGAGUGAAAGGCACUUUAUACUUCCUUAUAAUGCUCCCACUUGUAUGGUUAGUCAAUGUCCAUUGCUGCCUUAAUGAUAGUACGAGAAGCUGAAAUGCAGGUGUAAUCUUAAUGCCAGUCAUAAUGGCUGGCCUUCUUGUGGACGGUGCAUUUAUUCUCAUGAAUAGGUGCGCAGUAAAUCCAGCACUCCUGCUACUCUUGAUUUGUUGGUAGUAAAACCAAUGCAUCAGAUCAAAAGAAUGCUAGGAGGCAGAUCUUUACUGAAUUGCAGUUUGAAUGACUUGGUCUUGUAAUUCGCGGUUCUCCAUCACAGAGCUUCCGUCAGGGGCCUACCUGGUUUGACAAGCAGUGCUUGCAAGCGAGUUUAAGCAAACAUUCCAUUCCUCAGUGUGAUGUGUGACGCUAGUGCUAGCAGACCUCACAUGUAAGGCAUAUGGAAGCAACAGUAAAAAGCAGACCUGAGAGAUCCUGUAUGAAGAAGAAAAAACAAAACAAAUGCACUAUACAAACAAAACAAAGAAGGAAGUUGCUCAAGUUCAGACCAAGCAGACUGGUAGACAUGCUGUCGAGAUAUUGCUAAGUGAAACUGCCGGCAAAUUUGAGCAUUGCACUCUGAAAGGACAACUGACAUGUCAAUUUUGACAAUUUAAAUUUCUCAGACUCUAUUACUUUUUAUUAUUGCAGAAUUUUUUUUUGUCAUGAGACAUUUGUCAUCUGAUGAAGGCUUUUGUUUAUUUUAAGUCAAAUAAAUACAGACGUUUUAGCACUUAUGUUUUUGAACUUGUACAGGCAUAACAUCUCAGUUCCUGCAGUUGUGAAAGAGGCCUCCAGCGGAGGUUGUCAGCUUUUUGCAACACAAAAGUCGUAAUGUUCAACCUAGCUGGAGGAGACAGUCAUUUGUUUUUGUCAUGACUGCAACAGUGAACAUGCCUGUACAGCGCAGCUAGUCAUUUUUGUUAACUUUAUAUCUGUAUAAAGCUAGUAUGCACAAUUUUCACUACUUGUGACUCUUUAAGCAGUUUACUUUGUCAUAUUUUCAAAAGGUAACACAGACAUUCUUUUUUUUAUGGAAACAUCUCAUGGCAGCAGUUCUAUCCUACACUUAAACAACCUUAUGGUAUGUUUUUCAAGCCAGCAAGAGAAAACAUAAGCUGCAAGAUGUAUGUCACAGAGGUGUGGUAGUAAUGCCAUUGAAAAGAAAUGUAUGGUCAUCCACACUGGUAGCAUAGGUAUUUUUACCUGUGCUCUGAAUUGAUGUCACAGUUACUGUCUUGUUUACAAAUUUGUAACUUGUCUUUAAAUAUCCAAGGGAAGUCCAGUGCUUUCUGCAGUAUAAGCACCGUUGCUUAGCGCAGGUAGAUGCGCGAAAACUUCGGAACCGCUCUGAACGUUGCCUACAAGAGCUCGUGUGAAUGAUGUGGUUGCACUUACUUGAGCUAAUAACGUAUUAAAAAGAAAGGUGAAAUGGGUAAAUGAACUGCCAAUUAGUGGCUAGGCACUGUGCUGUUUUUACACAGUAGACAAAGCAAUGAUCCUUGUCAAUCCCUUCAAGCUGCUCAUUCUGAAUUGUUUUAUCUGUUGACACUGCUUGCGGUGGUGUUCUUUCAUCAUCUUGUGUGCACUGGUGCAAUUUUUACUUUUUUAGAGCACUCCAUUCUUCUUAGGUGUAUGACUCUUUGUGUGAAGAAUAGCUAUCGACUUGUUUUUACCAAAACAUUGCUUGAACCUGUGGUCUCAAAAUGUGUUUGUUCUCAUUGUGAGAAGGUGUAAUGACAUACUAUAUUAAGCAUGCCUAGACAGAAAAGAAGAUCCUCACCAUGGCAUGAAAGGUUGGACAACACCUAUAGGGACCUUUAAAGGAACUCCUACAAAUGUCUUCACCAGUAUAAGCUAACUUAUUUUAAAAAUUAACAUCACAAAGAAGAGCACUUCAUACGAUGUCCAAUGCCUUCUCUCAUGCAGACCUCAUUCUAUAUGGCAGCAGCAAAACAAGCAAAAACAGAUCUAGCAUAUCUUGCCAACGGGGACUGCCGAGACAGAAAUGUAAACAUGUGUGUUGUAUGACCUUCUCAAGAUGAAAACAAGAUUCUGUCUCAGAAAAUCUCCAUCUGUAUUCGCUCUUUGCUUACAGCUGCAAUUCCAAAAGUGUACAAGUUUGGGCUGGUUGUAAUGAUUUUUCAGUGUACAUCAAUAUGGUGGACACGGAAAGGGUCAAACAUACACAAUAAUGACGUCUGUGAGUCUGCCCUGUGAUGUACUAUUAGCACUAGGUCAAAUGUGAACAGCAGAGCGAUUUCUGUGUAUGUACAGUUGCAAGCAAAAGUCUGGGGACUAUGGCAUCAGCAAAAAAUUAAAAUAUUUUCUAGAGCAGCUCCGCGGCCUGGAAUUGGUUUAAUACAUCGUAUUCAUCAAACAUGCACACGCAGGCUUGCACUCUUGAUUUUACUUUUUAUUUCAGCCAGAAUGCCCAGGCUGCAUUAAAAAACAACAAAAUUGCGGCACCUUUGAUCCCCAAACCUUUGCUUGUGACUGUACUAUCAGUGCCGAUUGAAUUGUGAACAGCAGAGCUAUUUUUUUUUUUUGCACAUAGUGAAAAGCACUGAGUACUCGGAUUUUUGAUCAACUCUGGUACAUCAUAAGCUUUGCUUAUCACACAUCAGAGUCGGUUGUGAAUCGUCAUGCCCACUGCUUUAUGUUAGUUAGCGUGGAAGCUUUAGCUUGUUGGUGAUUCAUCAGAUAAAAGGACACAGUGCAAAAAGACAGGGACACGAGAGAGUGACAUGCACACAGCGCUGUUAGAUUGUGCAAAAACCAAGUGCUUUGCUGUCCUCAUUUCAAUCUGUGUCAACAGCACGUUUGCCCCUUGCUGUGGCCGCCAUCUUGUGACGCCUCUCUACCUUUUUUAUCUGAGCACAGUGAGAGUGUGUUGUACACAAUGGCAUCUACCGUGUAUAAAUUGUGUGUGUGCACUCGUUUCUGAAGUCUGGAUAAGUCACUGUGCUCCGCCAAUGGCAUGCGACUUUUUGAGACAAAGCACAUUAGAAGGCGAAACUCUGGGUUGGCCAAGGCAAAAGAAAAAUUUUAAAAAAGGAAAAAGAGCUCUAUAUUACUGCCGCAUCUUAAUUCUUUGCGGAAACAUGUGCAGUCUGUGUUCAACAUGUACAGCUGUGACUUGCAUUGUGUAGUAGUCAUAAAGGGCCAAUUGUUUUGGGUGGUGAAAGAAAAGGACAAUGAGAACAAUCUAUAAAUUUAAAGAAUGCUGUCCCCACAACUCUGGAUUUUUCGUCUGUCACUUUCAAGAUGUUAUUGUCUGUUGGUCGCGCUGACUAAAGAAAAAAACAAUGAUGAACACUGUGAUUUGUUGCAUUAAAGGCAGCCGUUUCUCCCUUCUUGAGUUUUUCAAAUAAAGCUCAAGGCUGACUGUGCA